AUGCACCUAGAACGGCCACGCAUCGUCGUGAUCAGAGGCGUACCAGACGGCUCGGGCGUCCAGGCCUCCGGCAAUGACCUGGGCAACAUGGCCUGCAACGCAAACUGGUACUGCGAGAACAGGAGCCCGGCGCUUUUUCGUGUGUGCGACGAGUCACGCCGCGAAGCCAUGUCCUUCUUCAGGAUCCGGCUGCCAAUGAGGUCAUUGGCGCCCGACAGCCACGGGUUCCCGGAUCUGAAGCAUAGAAACCCGGCGUGGGACCGGAUCUACAUCAACCCUGACUGGGACCUUGUGCUCUACCAGGGCGCCACCAGGUCUCUCACUAUGCCCAUCCUUGCCAGCGACCUGCUCGCCCACGACCCAUUGGGCAGAGGGGUCGCGCACUAUGGAUCGAAUGACUGGCCCCAGAGCAUCUGGCAGGUUGAUCCAGAUCCCGGCUUUGGCAUGGCUACCCUGAAUGAAUCCUUUGCCUGCCUCAAAACCUUUAUCCUCUGUACGAGGUCCACGUCUGAGAUAACCCGUCCACUCGGCGAGGGCUAUGUACAUGCUGUGGCUGGCGAUGUUGGCCUUACUAGCUUGCGUGACUCUGGCUCUAGCUUUGGCUCUCACGCGUUUGACUGGCAUCGUGCCUCAUCAGGGAUGGCCGCAAAGACCCCAAACAACAGUAUGGUCCGAAAGGCGCUGGUCUUUGGCAAAGGCGUCGACCAAUCGGUUGUGAAUAACCUCGUCACGAUGGAAAUGACCACCCGUAUCCGCGAUGGGGAGCUCGCCUGGGCCCUCCACUCGACGACCGAUGGCUGGGUCAUCAGGAUCGCCUGGCAACCCCCGGACUGCGCCGUCUCCCAUGUCAUGCACCUCACCACGGGUCCCAUUAGGGAAUCCAAAGUAAGUUGA